AUGGAAAAAAACAUGAAGAAGGUAUUCAUAUUACUACUCUGCUGUCGUGUUGCAUCUUCAGUAAAACAUUCCUUGAAAUAUUUAUCUACUGGAACCACUGGAGUCCCGGAUGUCCCUGAGUUUGUAGCUGUUGCAUUUGUUAAUGAAAUUCAAUUAGGUGACUGCAAUAGCAUAAGAGGAAUAAAAGUAAAGGAAGACUGGAUUCCGUUUUUCAAGGAUCAUCAUCCUCGCCUGCAAUAUCAUAUUUCAGAAUGCCUGGAUGAUAUUUCCUUCUUCAAGUCUAACAUUGAGACUUUGAGGCAACGUUUUAACCAAACUGAAGGAGUUCAUAUACUGCAAAGGAUGAAUGGCUGUGAAUGGGAUGAUGAGACCGGAGAGAUUAAUGGUUUUAAUCAGUAUGGUUAUAAUGGAGAAGACUUUCUAGCUUUCGACCUGCAGACAGUGACAUGGAUUGCUCCAAAACCACAGGCUUUCAUCACCAAAAUGAGAUGGGAUACUGAAAAAGCUCGAUUAGACUUAAAUAAAUACUAUUUUACUCAUUAUUGCCCUGAGCUUUUAAAGGAGUUUUUGCGUAAUGGAAGAAGCUUUUUGCAGUCAGCAGUUCUUCCCUCAGUGUUUCUCCUCCAGAAGACUCCCUCCUCUCCAGUCAGCUGCCACGCUACAGGUUUCUAUCCUGACAGAGCCAUGAUGUUCUGGAGGAAAGAUGGAGAAGAGAUUCAUGAUGGCGUGGAUCAUGGAGAGAUUCUCCCCAACAAUAAUGGGACCUUUCAGAUGAGUGUUGAUCUGAAACUUUCAUCAAUCACACCUGAAGACUGGCAGAGGUACGACUGUGUGUUUCAGCUUGCUGGUGUGAACGAGGACAUUAUCACCAAACUGGACAAAGCAGUGAUCUGGACCAACCUGGAGAAUCCCACUGACAGCUUGAUCUUCAUCAGUGCUGCGGUGGUUGUUCUAAUCAUCAUCAUCAUGGCAGUCGUGGCUUUUGUGUUUUGUAAAAAGAAAAAAGCUCCUGAUAAUAUCUCCGAGCAGUCUGAGAGACUAAAUCCACAAACCUGAUUCACCUGCAAGCAGUUCUGCUCUCCACUCUCUGUAUGACUUUACCCUGGGGGGAAUAGUUAAUCCAUGGCAAACAGAUUCUGUGCUGGCUGUUAAAUUAGUGCGAGUAGCACAGAUAAUCCAAGAGUUUUGUGGAAAGUAUGACAUAGUGUACUGGCAUACUUUCCAAACAACUCAUGGCUUUUGACCACAUUAAUGAUGGUGAAUUUUUCACUAAGCUGAAAAUUGAAGUGUCUCUUAAUAUCUGAU